UGCGCUGUCUCUUUAAGGGGAGGGGGGCAGUCUGUUUCCAGCCCGGCCCAUGCCCUGCUUGACGCGCUUCCUUCGCCCUCUCUCUCUCUCCUAUGGCUCCGGGAUGGAUAUUUUUAACUGAGCAAUUUCGAUACAUAUUCACCGUCUAAAAAAACAACUGAGUUUAUGGCGGAGGUGCAGUCUGUCAUUAAUCGAAGCUUUCCCCCCUCCGUUUAGGAAAGCCGGUGUGUUUUUAAAUGGGAUUUGUUGUAAAUCUCUCUGAAUGUUUUUCCACAGGCAACAGAAUAGAUAGACUGUGUGCGAGAGAGAAAUUUAUGCAAAAUGGGGGGGUCGUUUGUUUAUUUAUCAUUCAAUAGCAGAACGCGAGGAUGUUUUUAAUCAGACAGGGAAUAUAGUUUAAUACAUUAUUAUUAUUAUUAUUAUUAUUAUUAUUAUUAUUAGAUACACGUUACAUCGGAGCCACCAGAUAUUCCAGAUUGUGGUUGUUUUGUUUUCUUGUAAAUCCGGCGAUGCGCACAAUACGAAUUGAGGAAGUCAGUAUACUGCUAUUGUCAUUAUUCUUAUUAUUGUUCUCAUUCGUACAAUACUAAUAAUAGUAAUAAUGCAAAGCCUCUGAUAUCUUCCGCUGUGCGCUGAGCGUUUCGUGUGGGUCUGUCGUUCGAUGCUUUUUUUAAAUCACCCACAACCACCCAAAAAUGCGGAUCAAUUGAGGAGACCAUCCAUCGAUUCAGGAGAGUGGAGAGAAUGACAGCUGUGUGCUUUAGAACUGAACGGAUUCUGUAAAUAUAUACAUGAGAGAGAGAGAGAGCGAGAGAGAGCGCUAUAUCAAUAUAAUUGAAUAUAUAUAUAUAGAGAGAGAGAGAGAGACACACUCGCACUCAGGGAACAUGUCAUCCAGAUCAGCGCUACCUUCCGGGAAUGAACGAAAUGCAGAUCAUCAUGCCUCUCUGACAGGCAGCCGCUCUGAGAAGGGCUCUGGUUGGUCGAGCCGGUCGCUGGCCGCUCGCUGUCGGAACUCCAUCGCCUCCUGCACGGACGAGCAGCCGCACAUCGGCAACUACCGGCUGCUCAAGACCAUCGGCAAGGGCAACUUCGCCAAGGUCAAGCUGGCCAGACACAUCCUCACAGGCAGGGAGGUUGCAAUAAAGAUCAUUGACAAAACCCAGCUGAACCCGACCAGCCUGCAGAAGCUCUUCCGGGAGGUGCGGAUAAUGAAAGGCUUGAAUCAUCCCAACAUAGUGAAGCUGUUUGAAGUGAUUGAGACGGAGAAGACUCUCUACCUGAUCAUGGAGUACGCCAGCGGGGGUGAAGUGUUUGACUACCUCGUAUCUCACGGGAGGAUGAAGGAGAAAGAGGCGCGAUCCAAAUUCAGACAGAUCGUGUCGGCCGUGCACUACUGUCACGAGAAGAACAUCGUUCACAGGGACCUCAAGGCUGAGAACCUGCUCCUCAAUGCCGACUCCAACAUCAAGAUCGCUGACUUCGGCUUCAGCAAUGAGUUCACUCUGGGCUCCAAAUUGGACACCUUCUGCGGCUCCCCCCCCUACGCAGCCCCCGAGCUCUUCCAGGGAAAGAAAUACGACGGGCCCGAGGUGGACAUCUGGAGCCUGGGAGUCAUCCUCUACACACUGGUCAGCGGAUCACUGCCCUUCGACGGGCAGAACCUCAAGGAGCUGAGGGAGAGGGUGCUCAGAGGGAAGUACCGCGUCCCCUUCUACAUGUCCACUGACUGUGAGAACAUCCUGCGCCGCUUCCUGGUGCUCAACCCAACCAAGCGCUGCACUCUGGAGCAAAUCAUGAAUGACAAGUGGAUCAACGCCGGCUACGAGGGGGAUGAGCUGAAACCACACCUGGAACCGCAGGAGGAUUACAGUGACGCCAAACGCAUUGAGGUGAUGGUGGGGAUGGGAUACUCUCGUGAGGAGAUCAGAGACGCUCUGACCAAUCAGAAAUACAACGAGGUGACAGCAACGUACCUGCUGCUGGGGCACAAGAACCAAGAGCUGGAUGGCCUGGACUCGCGCUCUGGCAGCAGCCUCUCUCUGGCCCGGCUCCGCCCCAGCAAUGACAUCACCAACGGAACCAGCAAGCACUCGACAUCAUCGUCAUCCUCACAUAGCAAGAGCCAGCGCAGCUCCUCCACCUACCACAGGCAGCGCAGACACUCGGACUUCUGUGGCCCCUCCCUCCCGGCCGCUCUCCCGAAGCGCAGCCCCCCCAGCGCGGGGGACUCUGAUCUGAAAGAGGAGCGCAUGGCGUCCCGCAAGGCAAGCUGCAGCGUGGUGGGGAGCCGCACCAUCCCCCCGAGCAGCCCCAUGGUGAGCAGCGCCAACAACCCCAACAAGGCAGAGAUACCGGAGAGGCGCAAAGAGGCCAGCGUCACCACUAAUAACAUCCCAGCCAGCGCGAUGACCCGGCGGAACACGUACGUGUGCACCGACCGCUCGAGCACAGAGAAGCACUCGCUGCUGCAGAACGGCAAGGAGAACAGCUCUGUGUCUCACCGCGUGCCGCCCCCCUCCCCCUCCUCUCACAGCAUUGCUGCGGGGGCGUCCUGCUCCUCCUCCUCCAGUGGGGAGCGCUCUCGCCUCUCUCGCGGCUCCUCCAUCCGCAGCACCUUCCACGGAGGCCAGCUUCGGGACCGGCGGGGCCCCCCACACACCCCCACCUCCCCCACCCUCUCCCACGACGCCUCCCCCCUGCCACAUGCACGCAGCCGGGCCACAUCCAACCUGUUCAGCAAGCUGACCUCCAAACUGACACGCAGGGUCACUCUUGACCCGUCUAAACGACAGAACUCAAACAAGUCUGUCUCCGGCUGCCCUCUACCGCAGGCAUCUAAAACAGUUAGGUCACAGACGAACCUGAGAGAGUCUGCAGACCUCCGAUCACAAGUAGCUUCUGAAACGCAGGUUCAUUUCAAGCCCUCGAGUGGCUCUCUACCUGGGGAUUCGAAAGCGCUCGAGCCCGGGCGGAGCGGGCGGGGACCUGGCUGGAGUGUGAGGGUGGGGCGGGACCCCUCGGAGGUGCUAGGGGCAGUGAGGGAGAGGGCUCAGGGCUGUGGGUGUCAGGUUCACCAGGCUGGCCCGUUUCUGCUGUCCUGCACGCAGGGGGUGGGGGGGACGCGCGUGGUGUUCGAGGCGGAGGUGUGCCAGCUCCCCGCCGGACCCCUCCUCACCAGCGCAGUGCGCUUUCGAAGACUCUGGGGGGCGCCUACGGGCUUCCGGGACAUCGCUAACCGGAUCAGCAGGGAGCUGCAGCUCUGAGGGGAGGGGAGAGGGGAGGGGAUUGAAACUUGAAGCACACACACACACACACACACACCCCUCUCCUCUCCUCUCCUCCUCUCUCCUCUUAUCUCCAAAAUUUCUCAAGUAUGUGUAGCUCUGAGAAGGGGAGAGAAAGAGUGGGGCUUGAAACUUGAAAAGACACACAACAAACCCAGCAAACCCUCCUUUCAAAUCUUCACGAAAAUGUAGCUCUUAGGGGGUGCUGGGUAAGACACCCCGUACCCCCUCUCGUCCCCAUUCUCCCAUCUCCCCUCCUCUCUCCUCCUUCUCACCCCCUCCCCUGCAAUAGCCUGUUACUACAACUUGAAUACCAGCCUGCAAUUCUACACUCACGCACACACAUACGCACACACACACACACACAUACGCACACACAUACGCACAAACGCACACACACACACACACACACACACGCACACACAUACACACACACACACACACAUAUAUACACACACACAUACGCACACACACACACAAUUUUUUCUUUUUCUUUUUUUAUUUGUUAUUAUAUUUAGUUACCAGCUGCUAUUUAAAGAAAAAAAAAUCUAUGUUCGUUUACAAAGGUGGGAAGAAAAUUCUGAUUUUGCAUUCCCCUCCUCUCUCUCUCUCCUCUCUCUCUCUCUCUCUCUCUCUCUCUCUCUCCUCAGCCUCUCCUCUCUCUCCCUUUAGAUGUAAUUAUAAUGAGUGGCCACCUGGUGGUGCUCUACACUGUAUAAAGAAAGCAGUAAGAGGUAUUUUAAUUGGGGAGUGACUUAGCUCGGUAUUUGAUUUCUUUCCCCCUGUUUGAUUUCAUUGUUAACUUGUUAGAAGAAACUGUGGCACCCCUUUUUCUACAAGUCAAUCAUCUGAACCAAUUGGGAGCUACAGCCUCAUUCACAAAGUCUCUCCAUAGCUAUAUAAUACUGAAUGGACUGUCAAAACACUGCAGAGCUGUAUAGAGGUCUAUAGGAAAGAGAACUCCACACUGUAUAUGAUACUUUAAUAUAUACAAUGGCAGUUACAAUGGUAAAAGAAUGACUGGGGUGGGGCAUUCAUUGCCCCCUUGAUCACACCCUGACCCCUUACUUACUAAACACCCUGAAUAGAUAAUGAUAGCCUCUUUAAAUAUAUUUUAAUUAAAGGGAUGCUGCAGUUUUUUUUGAUUGGAAGUACAAUUCAAUCCCUCUCACCCUACUGUCAUUCACGGGAUUGGUUUUUCAUCUCAUCAGAAAGUUUAUGAACAUGAGGCUGUUCAGCCCAUCAGAGCUCGUCUGGUUCAUAGCAGCUGAUUGAUCUCAGAACUUGUCAAAUCGGCAAUAAGGAUCCCAGUAAUUCUGUCUCAGCAUGACUAGGCAGCCCAUUCCAUCCCCUCACCACUCUGUGUGAAGAAGUGUCUCCUUCAACAACAUGACUAGGCAGCCCAUUCCAUCCCCUCACCACUCUCUGUGUGAAGAAGUGUCUCCUUCAACAACAUGACUAGGCAGCCCAUUCCAUCCCCUCACCACUCUCUGUGUGAAGAAGCGUCUCCUUCAACAACAUGACUAGGCAGCCCAUUCCACCCCCUCCCCACUCUCUGUGUGAAGAAGUGUCUCCUUCAACAACAUGACUAGGCAGCCCAUUCCAUCCCCUCACCACACUGUGUGAAGAAGUGUCUCCUUCAACAACAUGACCAGGCAGUCCAUUCCAUCCCCUCACCACUCUCUGUGUGAAGAAGUAUCUCCUUCAACAACAUGACUAGGCAGCCUAUUCCAUCCCCUCACCACUGUGUGAAGAAGUGUAUCCUUCAACAACAUGACUAGGCAGCCCAUUCCAUCCCCUCACCACUCUCUGUGUGAAGAAGUGUCUCCUUCAACAACAUGACUAGGCAGCCCAUUCCAUCCCCUCACCACUCUCUGUGUGAAGAAGUGUCUCCUUCAACAGCAUGACUGGCAGCCCAUUCCAUCCCCUCACCACUCUCUGUGUGAAGAAGUGUCUCCUUCAACAACAUGACUAGGCAGCCCAUUCCACCCCCUCACCACUCUCUGUGUGAAGAAGUGUCUCCUUCAACAACAUGACUAGGCAGCCCAUUCCAUCCCCUCACCACUCUCUGUGUGAAGAAGUGUCUCCUUCAACAACAUGACUAGGCAGCCCAUUCCAUCCCUUCACCACACUGUGUGAAGAAGUGUCUCCUUCAACAACAUGACUAGGCAGCCCAUUCCAUCCCUUCACCACACUGUGUGAAGAAGUGUCUCCUUCAACAACAUGACUAGGCAGCCCAUUCCAUCCCCUCACCACUGUGUGAAGAAGUGUCUCCUUCAACAACAUGACUAGGCAGUCCAUUCCAUCCCCUCACCACUCUCUGUGUGAAGAAGUGUCUCCUUCAACAGCAUGACUGGCAGCCCAUUCCACCCCCUCACCACUCUCUGUGUGAAGAAGUGUCUCCUUCCCUCUGUCUCCACUUCAUUUCCCCACUGUGUGUCCUCUGGUUUAAAAUAUUGGUUCAUGUUAACUCAUUGACUCCUUUUCAGAUAGUAAAGAAUUGAGUAGCUGUAAACAUGAUGAGAAGCUGAAACAAGCAAGAAUUUGAAACCCAGUCCCAUGAAUGAUACGAGGGUGAGACAGACAGACAGAGAGAUUGAAUUGUGUCAUCCUGGUUAGUGUACCUUUAGACAAGACACUGAAACACACAGGAGAGCUGGUGGAGAGGAAGGGAGAGAAGAUGUAGAGAAGGGGCGAUGGAAGGAGAGAGCAGAUAGGGAGAAGGGGUAGGGAGGGAGUGAGCCACAGUCUCCUGUGCUGUUUCAGUGAAGCUCUCAGCCAAUAGGCUGGUCCUGGGAACCUGCUCUCCUCUUCACAUUCAGUUUUGUAUUUGAUUUUGUUACAUGAUGGUGGUGUUAUUCUAAUCCCUGUUGUAAUUCCAUUCCUGUCUCGAUGCUGAGGAGGGAAGAGUUGCUCUUCACUAAAGCAGUAUUAAUUGCAGGUCCGCACCCCUCUGUGUGUCCCAGGACCCCCUGGCAUUCCCAGAAGAAAGAAAGGCAUUCAGAACGCAUUCUCUCUGCAGCCUCUUUCUGGAUUCUGGUAGUCUUGGAUUCAAAGUAGAUUCUUUUUGCGUUAAGUUUUUUUUCAAUCCAGUCGAAAUGUGUAUUUGAAUCUAAAGAGACUGCAGAGAGACAAGCUGCUGCAAUGCACUGUAGCCGUAUUGCAAUAAGAAUGUCGAUUUACAGUACAAUCUUGUAAUAGAACUUCAACGAAAGCAUGCAAACAGAAUUCGCUUGAAUCCUAAAUGGAUGUAAAUAAUUCUUGGAACGUAAGCAAAUCUACUUGAUUCUAAUAUGAGUCUGGGACAUAGCAAAGACUGCAUUAGAAUGAAUGCAUUUUGAAGGCAGAGACAGAGUGAGUCAAGGAGGUUCCCACCCCCCUGCCUCUCAGUUCCUGAGCAUUUCCCUGAGACUGGGAGUGGCAUUGUAUUGAAGACACUGAGAACUUAGGCACUCAAUGAACUUCAACAGUUUCUAUUAGUAUUUCUGAAUCUCCACCCCACAGCCUGGGCUGAAGAUGGUGCCCCCUGCAGGACCAGCCUGGAAGUGUCUUAGCAGCAGUGCGUCCUGGGAAAGCAAGUGGCUGUCUCUCAGCCAAUCAGAAACCAGCCUGAACUCCCAAAAUGUUAACGAUGCCCCCCUCUUUGAUGCACUGACAGUGAGAUAGUGAGGCCGGGGUGAGCUGAGUGAGACUCCCUUAGUGUAUAGUACACUGGGUGUGAUUCUCAUUGUACUGGAGUGUGGAGUGAUACUGGAGCACAAAGCACAGUCACACGUCUGCAGUGCAUCUCACCCUGUUACUGAAGAGUGAGAGAGAUGAGGCACUCUACUAUACCAGGAACUCUUUUUUUUUUUUUACAGAUUUGUCUGGUUUUAUAUAUUUUUGCACAUUUGCCCAGCAGAACCCUGAUUAAAUAAUGGAUGGACUCUGAUACAGACUAACUACACUGAGCCUUCACAGACAGCUGCCUGUCCACCCCUCACUCUCUCACUCUCUCUCUCGCUCCCUGUACAAACCCCUCCGAGUGCUUGUAUUUGUAUUAUUGUGUAGAAAACAAAGAAAAUGGUCGAGUUUUUAAUUAAGUUAUUAUAUUGAUGGCCCUUCUCGAGGGGCCUUUAGAUGUAAAACUGGGGUGAUAUGUACCCUCGCCAAAUAAAAUUCACUGAUAUGUGA